AUGGUGAAUGUUCUGAACAAAUCAUCUGAUAAUUAUAUCAUAAAUAAUAAUGAUAUUCUAAACGAAUCAACAUUAUCUGAUAAUUAUAACGCCAUAAAUAAUAACAAUGUUCCAAAUGAAUCAACAUUAGCAUCUGAUAAUUAUAACAUCAUAAAUAAUAACAAUGUUCCAAAUGAAUCAACAUUACCAUUUGAUAAUUAUAAUCUUGGCCAUGAGGCCACUUAUAAACAAGAAGGAGCUCAAUGUAAUUAUUUUUCACAUAAAUUGCUUGCUGCUUCAAGUCAUUGUGAACAACACCUUAAAAAAUGUACCAAAGUUUCAUGUCAUCCCAUUUAG